GGCCCAACCAAACGCCACAUCCGCUGCACGUCGGACGGGGGUGAGCCAUGGCCGGCACCUGGAGGCUGCUCAUCGAGUCCCUGCACGACUUGGGCAAGGCGUCCUACCGAGUGGGCGACCAUUUGAAGCAGAUCCGCUACUCCCUGCAGAGCGACGGCACGGAUCCCAACCUGCGGAAUCUGGUCAUCGAGGUGAAGAGCAGCAAGAAGACAAUGCGCACCGCUCCAUUCAGCGCUUCGGAGGGGCAGGCGGACAUCAUCACUCUGAACGAGGUGCUCUUCUUCCCGCAGCCUCCGCCUGGUGAAGUGGCGGUGGUCAGCGUGCUGAAGCUUCACAAGCAUCAAUCUGACGCCUUGGUGGGCGAGGGGACCAUUGACCAGCCCAAGGGCUCCAUGGUGGUGAAUUUGCUGCGCAAGGGCCAGCAGCAGGGUGUCCUGAUGAUCACUGUGACGACGGGGCUUCCACCCACGCGAAGCGCGCCGGCAGCAGCCGGGGAGAGCAGCGCGUCCGGGCCAUCCUUGCUGCCGCCGCCGGUGCCGACGCACACCAUGCCCAACCGCCGUUUGUUCCCCAGUCAAGCACAACAUGGCUUCCAUGCCAAGAUGGGCGAGAGGGAUGCCUCUGAGAGCUCAAGCCCUGCCAAGAGCCCAGCCCCUCCCAGCGCAACCUCCAGCGCAUCUCGACAGAGUCAGGCAGCCAGCACGCCGGCCGCGCCGGAGACGAAGCGCCCGGCGCCGGCGACGAGUCUGCCGUUGCCGCCGCCGCCCACGGAUUCGCAGACACAGGCAGCGAAGACGGAAGAGGUGGCGAAGACAGAAGAGGUGGACAUCGUGGCGAACUUGCUGGCCUGCGCCUCCGGGUUGCUCAAAGGCGCCGCGCAGAUGUGCAGCUCGGAAGCCCCAGGAGCUCACCACGAGGUCAGCGUUUGAGGUCUCUUGUCCCGCUCAUGAGCGCAUGCCUCUGCUGGCGCUUCGGGCUUUGCUAGAGGCUUGUGAGUCCUUUCCGGGUGGCCGAGGGAGUU